GCACCACCUGGAUGAGCGAGAUUGUGGACAUGAUCCUGCAAGGAGGAGACCCUGAGAAGUGCAAGCGGGAUAUCAUCACCAAGAGGGUGCCCAUGCUGGAGUUUGCUGCCCCUGGGGAUAUGCCCGCAGGGACGGAGCUGCUGGCCACCAUGCCCUCGCCCCGCCUGGUGAAGACCCACCUGCCUGCGCACAUCCUGCCCAAAUCCUUCUGGACCAACGGCUGCAAGAUGAUCUACGUGGGGCGCAAUGCCAAGGAUGUGGCUGUCUCCUUCUACCACUUUGAUCUGAUGAACAAGUUUGAGCCGCACCCAGGGACGUGGGCCCGGUACCUGGAGGAGUUCAUGGCUGGCAGAGUCGCCUAUGGCUCCUGGUACGACCACGUCAAGGAGUACUGGGAGCGGAGGAAGGACCACCCCAUCCUCUACCUCUUCUACGAGGACCUGAAGGAG